AUGGAGUUAGCUUUGCUUCAACUGGAUCAGAUAAGCCUUCUAGGGCAACUAGCCAAUUUCAAGAAGGUGGCAAGUUCAUUGGACAAGGAGGUCUUAAUGAGAUCUGUUUUCUUGUUUAGCAUGGGAGGGAAUGAUUACUUAAUCUUCAACUUAAAAAACCCUAAUGCUACUAUAGCUGAACGACGAAAAUUCCAAAGGAUGGUGAUUGGCAAUUCAACUAAUACACUCCAGGAAAUAUAUGAGCUAGGUGGAAGGAAAUUUGCGUUCAAGAAUGUUGCACCGGCGGGUUGUUUGCCAUUGAUUAAACAAGUUUAUCAUCAGUUCAACGGAAGUUGUUUUAAAGAAAGGAUGAUAGCAUGCUGUGGCACUGGGCAAUUUAAUGGACAAAAUUGUGGAGGGGGAGUUACGGGAACAAAUGAUUAUGAGUAA